AAAAUCUUUGACCAAGACCUAGGUACAUAAACCGCGACCAGAAUAACCCGUUGCCGGCGACCGGCAGACUGCAGCGGCGAUUACCGACAGUCACAGUCGAAGUCGUCGUCGCGACAGCACGAAAAAAAAAAAUAUUUUACUUUUACAAAACCGCGCGGAGUUCGCUGCCGAGAAUACUGCGGAGUCGUGUACGACGCGAGCGUAUUAUUUUAACGCCAGUCCGCGGACCAGAUACGUGCGGUCAUUUUUCGUUCGCCUACCCAGUCCGUAAUAUUUGUAAAUUCAAAUUUUUUUGUUCUAUUUCGAUAUUACCGGCACGUUAUUUAUAAUUUAGUACGAAACAAAUAUCGACAAAUCGUCUCGAAAUCAGUCGAUGUUGUGGAUUCGGUAGCGCGAGUUCGCGAAUACAUAUUUUAUUUUUAUUUUAAGGUAAAUAACCUAUACCUGUUGUUUUCGACUCGAUUUAUUAUUGUAAUAAGAUUAUAUUAAGAAUUAUUAAACAUUUUUUUUUUUUUUUUUUUUUGAUUCCGUUGUGUAUAUAACGACAUAUAGAACGACAUAAAUCGUGUUCGACUGCGGGAUGUCAAAUGAACAAAACAAAUCCGACGUUUUCCGGCGCGUUUAAGUCAUAAAUGGCUUCUGAGAUUAAACGUGCUAUAAUAUUAGAACAUAAUCAUCAUCUUCAACGAAAUACUGAAAAUGAAAUGCCAUCCUCGAGGAACGAGAGACGUUUUAACGUUUUUCAUCUUAUUCGCUUUUAUACCAGGUAAUGACGAAAAAUAUACAAUAUUUCCAUAUAAGUCAUUGCAGGCGCGUGCUAUAAUAAUAUAGUAACUUUAAUUUAAAAAGUAAAAAUAAGAUAUUAUAUUUUACAUUUUGAUUGAAGUGAGAAAUAUACUAAUAGGUAUUGGUUUUAUUUUGAUGUAUUUUUUUUGUGUCUGUUAAUAACUUUUUUUCCAAUUAAAAAUUGUAUUGAACAUUUUUUGUAGCACUUUUUAUCUAAUCGGUUUUUUGGAAAGACCGUGUAUUGAUUAGACGUCUUAAUAAAUCUUAAUAAACGGGAAAAAAGUGGCAAUUUUUGUUGAUUUCUAUCUUGGUAAUUAAAGUGGAAAAGUACGAUUAAUAAUACUCUUGAUUAGAAUUAUUUUUCGUUAGCAACGGUUUAUCGUUGUGUACAGAUACAUGUUAAAUUACUCUAUAUAGUAUAUUUUCUAUUCCAACUUUCCUGCUAAAACAGUGGCAUACCCAUCAGUAGAAUUAAACUUUUUUCAAUUAAUACCCGCGUAAAUUACUAUAAUUAGUAAAACGGUUCAAUUUUCAUUACAAAAUUCCUAUUUUACUCUUACAUAGAACGCUGUAUGAAAUAUGUAGGCAUCGCGCGUGUUAAUCAAAGUGUCAAAAUAUAAAUUAGAUGGUUGUACGAUGCUGCGGCAUUGAAAAAUUGAAUUGACCGUGAAUAUUUAUACAACGUAUUUUUUUAUUAAAUGCAAUUACAUUAUUUCCUAUAUUAUAUUAUAUAGUGUAUUAUUACAGCGAAACAAUAAAAAUAUGACAUUUUUCGAACGGCGUACUUACUUUACUCUUUACAUGCGCAUAAAAUGUGUUUUGGACGUCUUGGUCGCAGCAACGACCAAAUGACGACGUGGUACUACGAUGAUACUACGAUGUUUUGCAGUACUUAUUGUUUUCGCCGUUAAAAUUUUUACGAAAAAUUCGAGCCCACGAUAGGUUAAAAAUUUCACGACAGCAAUGAAAUCGUGUUCACCGAUUUCCAAAUCAGAUCUGCUGCUAAAGUUUCUGGUAGAGGGUAUAAGACAAAGUUAUGGACAGGCAUUUUGGUCGGGGAACAAGAAUGUUUCGAAAAAUCACAACUACAAAAAUAAUAAUAAUAUCGAGCAUUCCCUCGUCGGUUAUUCCUCACUAGGUAUAGAUAAUCUUUGCCGCAACUAACCGGAUUUAUUUUCUUUUUCUCGUAAACGAAAUUCGACCAAUAUAUCUUUGGUCCCAGAGAAGAAGUAAAUUUAAGUUAAUUUUAUAAAGUUUUCAAUAUAAUCGUAUUAAAUUUUGAAAAUACACUGGUAACUACACUAAUAUACUACACACACUAACUUGAUAAAAUAAAUACAUUUAUGCUACUUGGAAAAAAAAUAAAAGAAACAAAUUACAUAAGAACAAUUAUAAAAAAAAAAAUAUCAGAGAUUGUCAAUGAUCUUCUUUUCGGAAACCAAAGAUAUCUCAAUAGUACCUGAACGACCACGAUGCUCAUCAUUGACGGUAUUAUGAAAUGUGUAUGUUAUAAUAAUAAACUUCCCAGCAGUUUUUUUCGAAGAGUAAGAUUGCUAUAGUCGUCGUUUACAUGUACAUAUUAUUUCAAAUUAAAAUAAAGGCCUCUCAGUAUAACGUAUUAUUUUCGAGUUAACCAAUUAAAAAAGUAACGGUUCAUAAUUUUUUGGUACUUAGCUAUAUCCGUUAACCGCAACCAGUUUUAGAAUAAGAUAUUCUUAAUUAAACUAAAAUACAGUCUAGGUGAUGGUUAUUUUUUUAAUUUUCUUCCUUGUAGACUUGCAAUUUCGACCAUAGCAGUAUUAUAUUAUAUUUAUUUAAAUACAUGAAAAAUAUUUAUAAUUAUGGCUCUUAAAAUAAUAAUAUUCAAAAAAUAAUUAAAAUUGUUCUUGUAUUAUAGAUAUGUACUGUAUGUUUUCCAUUUAUUGUUUGUUAGGCGUUGAAAGUUCAAAUUAAGUUUUAGAUAAUUAAAUCUAGAGUAAUGCUCAGUACCUAUAUUGUCUUUAUGCGUAUUAUUAGUUUCGUUAUUUUUUUUUACACAUUGAAUAUUGGUAUAAUUUAUGAUAAAAAUUGUUUGCUGACAAAAAAAAAAUAUAUAUAUAUAGUUUGUACAAAGAAAGUUGUAACAAGAAUAUGAAAUCUUCUACAAUAUUAUGUACACUAUUUAUGUAUUUAACGUUUAAACAUAUAUGAAAUGUCAUAUAUAAUAUUUCUUAAACUAGUUUUUUAAACAUUAAUUUGCAUUUGCAUUUACAGUUUUCUACAGUUGAUUCUUUUAAAAUAAGUAGCAAUUAGUAUUUUUUAUAGUAUAAUAUUUACUGAAUGUCCUAAUCCGCUGAAUUUGUGAUAAAUUAAUAUAUUAUUUAUGUCACUAUAAAAUGACUAUAAUCAUUACGACGUAUUCAUAUCAUAUCAUAUGCUAUAUGCAUUAUACAUUUUGAAUAUAAGUAUCAAUAAUUGAGGAAAUUUAUUUUUGAUGAACAUUUCUAUGUUUGAGCUUAAUGAAUUACUCAGUCCUAAAGGUUUACUGAAAAUAUAUAAUCUUUUCCUUAUUGGGUUAACUAAUCAACUGUAUGCACGAACCUAAUCUACACGUGAAACUUGAAAUAUUAUUACUAACCGUUUUCAUUUUUUUUUUCACAAUAUACUCUAGAGAAAUACCUAGAACAAACCAUAUUAUUAUUGUUAAAUCAUUAUGUAAAUGUUGCGCUCUUCUAAAUCGAAAUAUUAUUAAUUUUUUUAUACUGGUAGUUAUAUCGUCUUAACAAUUGAAAUAUAAUAAUAUACAGGACCGAUUUAAAGAGGACCCAGAGGGCUUCAGGGCCACACUCGAAUAACAUGAAAAAUAUGUAGGUACCCUCUUUUUGUAAAUUACGAGUAUAAUAUGAACGCGAAUUUUUGUACUACACGAUAAACGAUUAUUUCAUAAGUGUACGUAAAUGAUACCUUUACGUACGCGUGAGCUAAGGGGACGUGUCUCCUCACAACAUCCUUCUCCUGAACUUUUGGACUUUCUCUAGUCACCUCUACCUCUUCCAGUGAAUGUUGUAUAUGUAAAAAUUACAAAAUCGUCCAAUUCAAUAAUUUACCGUUUAUUUUCUAUAGUGAACACACAGUAAUCAAAAUUGUAAUCUGUGGAUUAAAAGGCACUUUAGUGUCCAAUGGACGUCACUAUGUAUCCAAUUAGACACAGAAAACCUUUUUAAAAAAUAAUCUGGCUACCCUCACUCCGGGGUUGAUUUCAUUUCGACUAGAUAAGAGUACCUUAUUAGGGUACUUUUAUUUUUUUUAAAUGGUCAAAUAAAUGACAAACGCGAAUAUUUUAUAUCAUGGUAUGCGAAUGACAAUAAUAAUGCACGAGAAUGAAACAACAGUAUAUUAAUAAUAUUUUGAUACGAUACGCUUGCGCGUAUUUGCGUUUAGCAUGCCGAAUAUUAUUAUUAUAUUCGUUGCACCCGUUACAAAUAAAAAAAUCGAACCGUUUAAAUUUAUUGUAAAAAAAAAAAAACACAAAAAUUAUUCACAUAUAGUAGCAGUAUUAUAAUAUCGAUAUAUUCUUUACGGUAUUUAAUAUAAUAUAUAGGUAACGACCUUGACCCGAAACGGACACGCGUAUAUUAUACAGCUGAGACACACAGUAACGAAUCGCAUAGGUAUAUGUGCAUUUUAGAACUUCGCGUGUUUUGAUUAUGGCCAAUUAUUAUAUUAUUUCUCGUAUACGGGUAACGCGUUGAUAAUAUUUCUAUUCGUAUCGAAUAUAGAGGUAGGCAGUAUACAUAUACAGGAAACAAAAUUAGUUCCCCCGUUGCAGAAUUAUAUACCUACUGGUACGCACGGUCUUUUAGUUAUAAACGACAAUAUACGUUACGAUAAAAAUGUUAUGUAUGAGAUAUUAAAAUAAUAACGUCAUAAUUUCAUUAUAUGGCCCCGUGUAUGGUGUAUAGUUUAAUAAUUUUCGAUACCUAUACUUACUUUGGAUUAAUGCGAUACGGUUCCAAUUGUUUUAUUAUAUUAUAUUAUUUUCGUCAACGUAUUUAUUAUUUCUUGUAUAUGGUGCGUGCGAUUUCCCUAUUGCGAUAAUAGGAAAGCCAUUUUAUUCUUAAAUUUUUCAUAUUCUUGUUCUGCAGAUGAAAUCCUAUAAAUAGCAAUAUUAUACAAACUAGACAACUACAUAAAGGAAACGAAAAAAAUAACAUUCUUCGAAAGAAGAUUACCACGGAGAGAACAUAUGGACCACAAAAACAAGAAUGUAUUUAGGGGGCUGUGGAGACAUUGACCCGGGCACUAUAUUUCACUAUAUUAAACUACUAUUAGACUUUUUUAAAUAUUAAUCCCAACUCACAGUUUACACUCGUUGAUCAGAGUUUAAAAUAGUAUAUUUUGGAGUACAAAAUGUGCAGUACAAAAUCUAAAGCGUGCAGCUCGAAAUUCCAGUGUAUUGUGAAUAAACUUUCUUAUAAAAAGUUUAGUGCUCCAGAGCGUCAAAAAUGUAAAUAAGUCUCUGUCAAAAAAAGGAUGAUUUCACUUAACAACAUGAAAUACGGGGUAAUGCGGAUAUAUAAUGCAGAUGGUUGCAUGGGAUAGUCAUCACGUAUAGUUUCAGAGAUCUGAUGUAAUAAUACGGAAAAAUACCACUGGGUAGUUCAAAAAGCUAAAUUAAUAGACAAAGGUAUGUAUUCCAGUAAUGAGCCACAAUGACCUUUAAAAACUGAAGAAGAAUAAGAAUAAGAAUAAAAUUGUAUAUGUUUGUACUGUGUAUUCUUUUUUCAUUCAUGUUGUAAUACGAAAAUUGAUUUUGAUUACUAUGUUUACUCUCAGAUUAUACGUAUGAAUGAAAUUAUUUUUUUCCAUACGUUUUACAAUAUAGCGUAACAAAAAUAUAAGAGUAUUCGGGCCAUAUUUUAUGAAGUUUUGUUUUACGUUUUAAAAAAUUGAAAGUCUAAUCAAAUACAGAUAACGAUUUUGCAUAAUGUGCUCAUUGAAAUAAUCUUUGAAAUUGGGUCUUUUAAUUCUUGAAGCUUUUAUUAUAUAAGAUAAAUGGACACGCGGUGAAUAUUCACUAUAAGAAAUGGUCUGCACACCUAAUACACUUAAAAGCUAUUACAAUUUCUAAUAUUCACUACAAAGGGUAGGUUAUACGAAUACUUAUUUUUGCAUAGAAGUACCUAUGUACAAUAUAUUAUGAACACCAUUAUAAUUUCCAGAAAUCUACCAAACGAUAUAAUUGGCCAAAAAAAAAAAAAAAAUAGAUGCAAUUCGAAAGAAAUCGCUGGGAACGCACUGAGCCAUAACCAAUCGUACCGUACGAUAACAUAAUUCGCGUCUGUGAAAAUUAGGAUUAAGAUUAAAAUGAUGUAUGCAAAUAUUAUAAUGUAAGUACCCAACAAUAUUUGAAAUUACGAUCGUGAAGCGCGCUGUGUUAUCGACAAACUCAACCAUACAAGGUAUAAUGAUAUGUAAAAAAUUAUUGUAAUUCGAUGUGUAUAUUAUACUUAAACGCGUACUUACCUAUAUGUAUAUGGUUAUUAGUUAUCACACCGAUCUGUUGCGAUUUCACAUUGUUAUAUUAUUAUUUAUUAUAGAUCCUCGGUACGAUUAUUAUUGUGUCGCAUCAGUUUUGCGGUGAAACUGUUCUCUCCGUACACUAGGCGAAAUUUCAAUAUAUAUUAUCGUUAUCAAGAAUUUUUAUAAUAUGUUUACAUAAUCAAAAAUAUCGCGUCCUGCUGUCGUGAAAAUCUUACCACAUAACGCGAUCGACUUAUUAAUAUCGUUGCGACAAACAUUACUUUUCACUAAUAAAACUCGUACAGAUUUUUAAAUUCUUAGUGUAGCGAAAAGCUAUUAGUUUUACUAAGACAUGUGUUUUUAUUACAUGCUCCGAGAUUUUCAUGUUUUAUCUUAAAAGAUGCGGAAUUUCUGCAAUGUCUAUAAAUUCCCAAAAGCUCUCUUCUCUGUUAAAUUUACAAAAAAACUAACAACAAAUAUCGGUACAUUUGUUUUAUUCUUGUUGGUUUCUGGUUUAAUUUGGCUACAAGACAAAAACACGAUAAAUACUACUCCGUUCAGAAUUACUUUUGUUUGCAAUGAUUUAUCGUUGUGCAUAGUAUAUAUAUAUAUAAACUAAAUUAUUCUAUGUAUACUACCUUCACAACUACCCACCUACAGAAGUAAUCUAUCCGUGAUCAGUAUCAGCUUUUUUAUCUGUCUUUACAUUGUAGACAUAAAAAAAACAUGUGGAAAUCUAAAAUCAACAGAGCUUUUUUGUUUUCAAUAUUAUACUAUUAUAAAUUCUCUCGUUAUUUUUUUUAUCUAAAACGAGUCGAUUGUUUUGAAUCAACUUACGUUGUGUUGAUUAAAUUACGGAACCUCCAUAAUUGUAUCUCGAUUGUUAAUUACAAAAUUUCUAUUUGCGGUGCUCAUCUUGCGGGAGUCUCUAAUUUUAUUUUGACAAUAUGAAAGUUAAACAAUUACGAAAUAACUAACUAAUAGUUUAAAAAUCAGUUAUAAAUUCAACAAAUUAAACAAUAUUUAAACUUUCAACAGUAACAGAUAACCAUGAAGAAAAUAAAUGGGUAAUUUAAUGGCCAUAACGAUUUUGAAGGAUUCGAAAUGAUUGUUUUAAUAUUACGAAAGGACAACAAAUGUACGUAUUAACGAUUUCGAAUAAUCGAUUAUAGAAAAGAAUUUAGAAGGUAGAUAUGUAGAGUAAUUCAAUUUAUAUCUGUGCCUGUACACUGUACAAUAAAUAUUUGCUAACGACAAACUAUUCUGAGGCAAGUUCGAAUAAAGAACUUCCGCAGAGUACCAACUAAACAAAAUUUUCUUUCAGAAAAGAUACUGCACUUGAAAAUCAAGGCAAGAUUUUUGGUUGAAAAGUUUUUUAAAAAAAAAAAAAUCACACAUUCGAGUGAAUAAGCAUAAUACAUUCCUCACUGCGCUCAGAAUCUAAAAAAAAAAUUAACUAACAAUUCGAUUUAUUAAAAAUUGUUUGUUUCUGUAAAAAUCAUCAACAGCUGUAACGAAAGUUCCUACAUUUAGUAUUUUUUUUUGUCUAUUUAAAUAUCUGUUCGGAGAAAGCUUUUUAAGGAUUCUACUAUGCAUUUAUCAACGUCACUUUAAAUGUUUAUCGGACGAUGACCAUUGACUACGACUUGAGUUUGUUCUAUUGUUAUAACCUAUAACAUAUUAUAUAGUUUUAUACUGCUCUAAGCGAUUAGGAUUUAAUACUUAAAUUUCACUUCGUUGUCAGAAAUACAAACAGUAGUAUCGAUCCAAGAAUCGAUGUGCUUGGUGCUUCGGUGUUUUGCGAACACUAUUGUUUUCAACUAUACUAUUUUUAAAGAAUAUCCUCUUCUUGAGGGUUACGUUUUUAUUUGUUUUUUUUUAUAUGAAAUGUUUGUGAAAAUCAUAGCAUCUCCUGUAUUAAUUCAUUGUUUCCAAACAGAUGCCACUCGGGUGGCAUUAGUUUAAGCCACGGAAAUGAUAGGAUAUCCCACGGAGUCUAAGGAAAUCGAAGAACUUGGAGAACUAUACAUAUAUACUAUAUGUGUAGAUAUAUGUAUAGAUACUAUGACGGCUUUAAUCGAGGAGACUUCGGAAGACAUGGGAUAUAGUCGUUUUGUAUUACUGCAGUGGAGCAAAAAGUGGAAAUACUUACGUCUGUAAAAUAUUUAUAUUAGAUUGUAAACAAAGCGUCUAUGUGUUUCUUCUAGGAAUCUUACUCUAAUCAAAAAAUGUAUACGAUUUUGUAGUUUUUUUUAUCUAAUCGGAUGAUUAGGUAAUUUUUUGAUUUUCCCUGAAAUUCUUUUAAUAAAUAGGAAAAUCUGACAAUAUUUUGUAUAAUUUUUGUUAAUUUCUGGAUUACUUUAGCAACAAGGGAAUAAAUACGACUAAUAAUACAUUCUACUCAGAAUCGUUUUUCGUUCGCUAUGGUUUUUUGUUGAAUACAGAUAUGAAUUGAAUUACUUUGUUCUAAUAUAUUUUAUUUUUUCUAUUUUCUUCCUAAAGCAAUGAUUUAACAGUACGGAUUUGUUUUUUUUUUUUUUGUAUCGACCACAUAACGUUAAUAUUAUAAUAUAAUAUACGACCGACGGUGGUCACCGAAAAUAUAAAGGUCAAAGGACUACGCAGUUCACCUAUAUAAAUAUAUAGGUAUAUAGGUAUAUAGUAUAUAUACCUGGUCAAGGUUACGCGGGGUCUUUAAAAAAGCGACGGAUUAUAAUCGCGUAUAUAUCAAUAUAUAAUAUGAUGAUACGGCUGGUUUUCGGUCAAACGGAUAUACCUGUACAUAUAACUAUACUCGUAUACGUAGAUAUUUGUAUUUUGUAUUUUUUUUUUUUUUUAUAUUUAUAAGACCGGUUCAGUUUCACUCCAGUCGUGGUCGUGCCGAAGAAAACGAAAAAAUUUGCUCGCCAGCCCAAAGGGCACAAAACAUGUUUUCUCCGCACGUGCUUUACGAAUAUAUAAACGUUCACUUCGCUAUAAUACAAUGUUAUAUACGUUAUAGGUACUGUUUUCCGGCAUCGUCCCGACAGCCGAAUCGGGUCAUCGGCGAAGAGACGAUGUUUUUAAAAACAACCUCCCUCUCCUCCUGAGAAUUUUUAGCUUUACCCGAUCACGCUUUAUGCGAUGAGAUUUAUUUUAUAUCCCGUAUCAAAUACCUACUAUAUAUUAUAAUGUAAUGAUAUAGCUAUGCAGGCUAAUAUUAUGGUUUUGAGACGUCUUCGCACGUUGAAAAACCCCGAAAUAUUUUUCUAACCACAAUUAUUUUUUAUUAAAUUUUAUUAUAAACUGGUUCGUGAUUUUCGACACCAAUAUACCUAUACAGUAUAUUAUAAUUAUAUAUUGUAUACGGAACUAAAAAAAAAAAUCGUUAUUUCGCCGUGGUACAUGAUAACUGUAAGACCUGGACUCCAAGCUUGGGUCGUUUUUUUUUUAGCUUAAAUAAUAGAGAUAAAAUACCUAAAAUUGUCUAGGCGUGGUAUAUAAUUUCAAAAAUAUUCUGUUUUUUUGAUUUAUUGAUUUAUUUAUGAAGCUAUUUGAAAUGUCCUACUAUUUUUAUGCGGAUAAAAUUUAUUUGGCUCCUUAAAAAUUCAAUAAUUUGUAAACCACUAUUAAUUUCCUAUAUGAGAUUAUACUAUAAGAAUUUAUUGCGUUCGGCGAAAUAAUCGAAAUAAUUCGUUCAAUUUUUUAGGUACUCGUGUGUUUUUCGAAACGGUUUUCUGAAAAUAAUCGAUGUUACUAUCUUUAUACCCUGUACCAUUGAGUUAUUGUGGAAAGCUGGAAAUGAUUGCUAAUGAAAUUUGUAUAAUACUUAAACAUUCAAUAGAACUGUUUCGAAUAUUUCUAAAUUGUAAAUCUUGCAGUAUUUCUAAGAUGUAUUUUGGAGGUAAUCAAAAGUAUUAGCGAAUCAUUUGUGCGCAUUUGCCAUCUGUACAAUCAUGCCUUACUGGUCCAACAAUAUUUUACAGUAUUUUCCUAUUAAGUAUCAAGAUUUUAUUUUUGUUUAUUUUCUUCAAAGGUCGAUUUAUAUUUGUACAACAUUACCGGUUGUAUGAAGUUCGUAUGUAAUUGUUUUGUCAUUUUCUUCGACGUAGUAAUCGUGCACCUAAUAACUUCAUAAGCCUAUACAACAAUAUUAUUUCCCACUUGAAUUCUUACGGGUACUUUUUUUGAUAGGUAAAUGGUUUUUUUUUUAAAGUAAUUUUGGUGCCGAGGUAUUCAAAUAAAUAUUUAGUUGCUUAUGAAUUAAUUAAAUUAUUUGCGAUUUUUAUUUUAUUAUUUUUCAGUCGCAGUUCUACAUGUAAAACGAAGAACAUGCGUGUUUACAUUUCUACCAGACUAUUUUCAGUGUAUAUUAUUGUAGUUUUUUAUUGGUAUUUUUAUUUGAUACGAGCAGGAUAAUAUUCCGUGUACCACGUGUCCGUUCUUGACAUCAAAAUAUAAUUGUAUUAUUAAUACCUAUUUUCGUUUAUAAUGACAAAGAAAGUCGGGCGACCGCGGCGGUAUAAAACGAUAUAGUUAUCGGUUUUGUUAAGUAUACAGGUACCGCUCUAGUUCACGGUACAUACCAUGUACAAUUAUAUACCUAUACACAAAAAUAAUGUGUACCUAUACCCACACGGUGAUAACGAGUUUUGCGGGAUUCCGUACUUACGCACCGGUGAUCGUCGUUUUAAAAAUAAUAAUAUAGAUACCGACGACCGACGACGGCGGUUUUUUCUUUUCGUCCGCUCAUAAUAAUAUUAUAUACUCUCACUAUCACCGUUUCGACCGUCUGUUCAGUAAAACGGACGUAAAUUAGGUGUACAGCAGUAUAAUUAUUAUGACGGUAAAACGUUCCCGUUUGCGGUACAUAUUAUAGUAACAUACUAAUAUAUAUAUCAUUAUUACGAUAUGGGCGAGUAUAUAUAUGUACAUCAUACUUAAAAUCGAAAUUUUCGCCGGAUUUGGUCUGGCAAAAGUAAAGUCAUUGCUGUAUUCAGACGUCGAUUAUUAUUUGUUUGGCUUGUUGUUCCGUACCUGUAUUUGACCCUCAAGAAAACGAGUAAUGACGGUCGUAAAAAACAUGUACGAACCACAAAAUUCAAUAAUAGGUUUUCGAUUAUGAGUUCUUUUUUCUGGAAAAGUCAGAACGGUACGUUAUUUACUGUUCAUAUUUUAACUGCAAAGCGAAAAACUGAAAAAUAAUAUAAUACUAAUUUCGUAGCACAAUAUUUUAAAAGAACUUGAUAAAAAUAUUAUAAUUUAUAAAUGGUUUAAUGCGUGUAUUUUUCGAUGUUAAUUUUACGAUAUUUAAUUGAUUUUCAGUUACGCUAUGCAGCUUAAUGCAGAACGCAUUCGACAUAAAUUACUGGCGCUGCGUAAUGAAAAGAACGGACCAAUGUCCCGACAUGGAUAUUAAAAUAUUUCUCUAUUCCAAGUAAGAUGGUAUAAUAUAUUAUAAUACAUAAUUAUCGUACGACUCAAUUAUUUUUAUGUAUUUAUUACCUUCGAAAGCCGUGUUUAAAAAGGAAAUUAUGUAUACACAAAUCGAAAAUUGUGUGCGAAAACAAGUGAGCUCCCCGGGUAUUUUGUAUUAGAGAAAUAUAUUGUUUGUAAAACGAUACACAACCAAAUGGCGACGACAAGGUAAAAUUCAUAUUAUAAUUCCACCCAACUUAAAAAUUGUAUCCGUCUAUAAUGCAAUUUAUGAGUUCGAACUCCUUUGAUACAGAGAGCAUUUGGACAUUUUUUAGUGAAUAUUCACCGAUGACUACUCUCUAUCCCUAAAAAAAACUCCACGCGUAAAUAGACCAAACUUUCAUCUUGACUUUUAGACUUUCCCCAGUAAUUCCCCCCUACUCCAGUGAGAAUAUUUUCUAUAAAAUAUAAUGUUUCGUUACAAAAUCAACUAUAAGUCAAUCAUUUACCGUCUAUUUUCUAGUGGGCAUUCAGUAAGCAAAAUAUUACUUAGAGUGUCUACUGGACUUAACUGCGUGUCAAUUUGAAUACAGAAAACUUUUUUUACAAAAAUGUUUUAGAGGGAAUUGUUAGAAAUGUUCGGAAGGGUAAAAAUAAUAGGGAAACAUAAAUACACAUAGGUAUAUGUGUAUUUAUUUAUAUAUUUAAUAGACGCCGCAAUUCAGUGCAAUAAUCUGUAUUUUCGGAUAAAAUUCGAUAAAAACAAAAAAAAUGCGUGUACAAUAACAAUGAUUUUAAUUUCUUUCAGGUGAAAAAAGAACGUUUUUUUAAAUAAAUUAUAAAACUGUUAUAGGGCAGUACGAAUAGUCGCAAUAACUCUAAUUCGUUAUACAAUAUACGUAUAGCACAGUGCUUAGCUUUAUUAGCGGGUUUAUAGAAAACAAAAAGUUUUUUGUCAUUAUAUUAUGCAGGAUUAAAGCAACGGGAUUUCGACAGUUCUCAAUUAUCGUUUUUCAUUUCGUUUGUGCGAACACCUCCUUAGUAUUAUAGUGGCGGGUACACUAAUAUUCAUUUUAUAUCCGUGAAAAUUGUUCGUGCUGCUGAAAGACCUUUAACAAUCAUUAUUUUAUUAUGUAUCGGUACCUUCAAGUAAUUCAUACGUUUGUCGCGCGUUUAUUCGAUACAUUUUUAUUUUAGACACGGUCGAUCUGCAAUAGGGGGAGGGUGACACGUACAAAAAAACCGUUUUAUUUAUUAUACUGUGUAAACAUUAUAGAAGUAUUAUUUAUUGUUAUCGAUCAUAAUAAUAGUAAUAAUAUUAUUUUUCUAUUGUCGCGGUUUAUUAGAUUAUUACACAUUAUUGCUGUUACUGAUGUUGUAUUGGGCACUUGUUGCGGAUAUUUUUAAUAGCGAAAAAUCCUAUCCUGUCCGCGUCUCUAUUGCUGCAGGUUCGAAACGUGUACAAUAUAUAUAUAUAUAUAUUACACCAAUAAUAAACACUUGUAUAUUGUAUAUAUAUAUAUAUAUAUAUAUAUAUAGGCAUUGUGAUCGAAUAAAUAAUAUAUAAUAUUAUAAUAUAGUGUAACAAAUCAAUUAUUUCGAUUUAAAUGACAGUGACAUUGUUUACUUAUAUUAUAUUACUUUCGUCGGUAAAAAUUCCACGGACUAUAGGUACUUAUACAAUAUCACAGUUUCCUGAAAUAACGCGGAUAAUGAAUCGUUUUCCAAUUCGAUAUUCUCAAUACUAGGUAUAUAGAUUAUAAGUAUAAUACUAACGCUAAACGAAAAAAAACUAACAAAAACCUAAACAGAGGCAACAUUAUAACUUUUCUAUUUCAUUUCGUUAUUAUUAUUUUUUUUUUUUUUGCCAUUUAUACUAACGCGACGACGUAAUGCGGUUUAUAUUAUUUUUUACGGGUAGCCAAUAUUGUUAUAACUAUUAAUAUUUUGUUAUUCGAUAUCCGAAAAAUAAAUUCAAUCAAUCCAGCACUAUAUUAAGUCGGAGGGAGGGGGAAGUAAAUGUUUUGGGGGGCUUAUAAUAUACCUAUUUAAAAACAAUUUGGCUUACUGAAUUUUCGCUAGUAUAUUGAACUUGAUCUUAAUUUUAUUAGACUUGUGGUUUAGAAACAAAAAUUUAAUUUUUACUGCAAGUAACUUGAAUUAGUUGAAUAAUUAAAUGAAUUACAUAGUAAAACAAUUUUCGUUUUAUAUAGACCUUAAUCAUUUCUUUUUUUCAUUCAACAUCCUGCAAUAAUAAUUCUUCUUCGACUACACCAAAAUUAAUUAUUUAUGAGAUUAGGAAUUAAAUUCAAAGAUAAGUUACAUAAUAUUUUGAAUACAUUGUUUUAAACGAAAAAUUCUUUCACGAAAAAAUCAUUAUUCGAGUAAUAAUAUAAGAACAUUAAAAACGCAUAUAAAAAAUAUGUUCAUUAAAUAAUUAUGUAUUAGGUAUAAAUUGUAUAUAAGUGCAUAACUAGGUACGGUAUAAUUUGAAAAUCAACCGAAAACUUUCGAGAUUUUAGAAAUAAAUAUAAAACAUAUAAAGUUACGAUUACUAUUAUUUUAUCGAUGUACGAGUGAAAGCAUCAAUCAAUAAUGAUAUAUAUAUAUAUAAAUGUAUUAUUAUUAUUAGGUAGUUAGGUAUUAUUAGAAAGGUGGAAAAAAACCGUUCAAGUGCACCUAAUUUUAUAAUCGUUAAUUAUUUACCAGUCACUUAUUUAACGUAAAAUAAUACAUCGUCUAAAACUAUAAUAUACUUAUGUUGGUGUAUCUAAUGUUUUAUAUUCUGGAACGACGGGCACUUAUUAUUGACUUAAUGCUUAAUGUCAUUAAACAUCAGUGCAGGUAAACUUGAAUUUCACCGCGGUUUUAGAAUCGUGAAGUAUAUACGAAAAAUUACAUAAUAUAAAAUUAUAGAACACAGUAAAACUGAUCGUUUAAUUAAUGUUUGUCUUAUUUGAUGAACAAAUAAAACUCUGCGCGGUUUGCUAACAAAGUACGAAAGUACACGAUUAUUAUGUGAUUUUACUCGUAAAAACUGCACAAAUCUACGUAUAUAAGAAAUGGUCAAUAAUAUAUAUUUUUCUUUUUUUUUUUUACAGCGGUGCUCAAAGAAAAAAAUUAAUAGAUGUAAGGAACAAAAACGCACUCCGGUACAGUGGUUGGGAUCCCAGCAAAAGAAAUGUCAUCAUCAUUCACGGGUUUAACGGAACGGAAAGCAAGACCCCGAUGACAAUUAUUAGAAACGGUCAGUAUGAUAAUAUGUUCUACAUAAAUACUUAUUAUUAUAUAAACAGCGAAAUCCGUCUGUCUGUCUGUUGGUUUUAAGAGAUAAUUUAGUACCUACAUAAAUUGUGGCGUUUAGGUUGAAAUGGGAGUUUAAGUAUAUACAUCAUAAUAAAAUUUAAAGAGGGUACAAGGAUGAAGAGGAUACAUAUAUAACUUAUUUAAUUUCGUUAAAAUUGACCACCGGCUUGUACUUUUGAAUGAAUAAAUAUAAUACAAUAUUUUUGAGAGGUGUACGUAGUUUUUUUUUAAAAAAUGAUUAUACAAAAAAGUUACAGUUAAGUUACUUUUUAAAUUAUUGAAAUAGCUUUAUAGUUCAUUAAAUGUUAUUAUUUGAGAAUAAACUCCAAUUCCGAUCUAAACGACAAUUUAUGUUCCAAGUAACGUAACUAUGCUAUAUUGUGUAUUUAUAGUUUGACAGAGGUAACAUAUGCGCAUAUCACAUCCUCUUAACCAACAAAUUGUAUAAUAAUAAUAUGUACCCUCAUAUUUAUAAUUUAUUCUUUAUUGUAAUUACGACUACAAUGGGACUUUGUGUCAUAGUAUACCCAGUUUCCUAAAUUAUAAAUACAAAUCAAGACGGUAUUGCAGUCAAAUUUUAGCAGAUGAGUGCAAUUGCUAUAAAAUUGACUGAUGAUCUUUAAUCAUUUAGUAUCAUGUACAUAUAAAUUUUCAGUUUAUCUAUAUAAGUUAGUGCGCAGUUAUUAUACGUAAUAAUGAUUGUUUCAAUGUUAACAAAAAAGUAUAACUUUAGUUAAAACGUUUGGUUUUAUUAAAAUUCAUACGUAAAAAUAUUGUUGCCAUAAAGAAUUGCAGCAUUUGGAUUUAGCUCUAGUCAUUUUAAACAUUUCAGUGACGGUUGUUGACAUAAUGUAUGAUGUGCAUGCAACUAUGAUACCCAUAUUAUAUUUUUGUUGUCUGUAUGCUGUUUUAAUAAUACAUAUUAUCGUACUUUCAAACAGAUGAAGUGGGGGAGGGAUUACAUUCCCCAUUAAAAAGAACAAGGAAGAAGAUUUAAAAAAAAUUAAUAUAAUACCCUAUGUAUAUGGUAUUACGAAAAAAAAAAUAUUGAAAGCCGGAUACAAAAAAUUCAAUUUUAAAUCAAUACUCAUAACUUUUCCUAGUAACUUAAUUGAAAUAAAUAAAUUUCCAACUAUAAAUAAAUGAUCAUAGUUGUAGUAUUUUUAAAGAUAAUGAGGAGGGGGUUUAUAACCAUGAUAGUAUUACUAAGUGCCUAGACUUUCAAACAGUUUUUAAAUUAUUAUAACUUUGACAGAAAUACAUUUGAAAAUAUAAAUUUAGUUUCGUCCCCCCCAUACCGUAUGAUUAAUAACUUCAGUACUGCUACUGUACUUUAGACCAACAGUAAUAGUUCAUUGUCUCGCCUAAGGUGAAAUAGAAAAUACUUGCGGUUAAAAAAACUAAUUACUUGAUAUUUUGUUUAAAAUAACGAUAUAGAUAUAAUUGGUUCGAGUGAUAAUCGCUAUCAAUCAUACAAACAUUGUACAUCUAGCGGUCUUAAAUAUAAGGUUUUAUUAUCAGUAGUAUUAGAAGUAACUUGUCGAAAAUUAGGUAUACAUCAUUAUUACUGCAGCGUAAUGAAACCAUUAAUCAGCAAUGCGGGUGGUAAUUUUUAUUUUAUUGCAUUCGUUAGCUGCUCCUAGUAAUUUUUCAAAAUUGUGUGAUGUGUUAUUUUACACAAAGCGUAUUACAGACGAAACGAAAAUAAUAAACCCAAAAAUGUAUUAACGUUAUUUUAUUUUAUUAAAUUCAGUGAUAGAGAUUUACUGUUCACUGGUGUUUUUUUAAAUUCUUAUCAAAACGAGGAAUGCAUUGGUUCUAUUAUGAUGUGUGUGUUUUUUUUCGUGCCCGUAAAAAACUUUUUUAUCAGAAAUCUUAUUACCAUCAAAACCAUUAUAAAAACUUUCUUAUAAUUUUUAUUAUUUAGUUGAUGAAUUAAGGAUGUAAUUUUUUUAUUUUUCUAGUAGUUUUCUUAUAAAUAGGAAAAACUGGAAAUUUAUUGCAUAAUUUGUGUUGAUUUUUGGAUUAAUUUAGCAAUCAGGGAAAAAAGAGCUGAUGAGUGUGUCACUGUUGUAUGUGAUAAGUUGGGACGGUAUAAUAUAUAUAAUUAUUUAAUUUAUAUCUGUAAGCAAUGAUAAACCAUUGCUAACGAAAUACGAUUCUGAGCGAAGUUCAAUUACAUGUAACAUGUACACAUGUUUUGAAAUUCAGUAUUAAUUACGAUUUUAAUAAAAAUUUGAUCUUAAAACAAUAAUAGAAUCAAAAACUACAUAACACUCAAUUUUUUUUACCACUAAGUAAAAAUUAUAAUGCAGAUGAACCUUCUGUUAAAUUGUCAAGUCUUUUUGUUUAGUUAAACAGUUAUAUCCACAUAGUACCUAAUAAAUAAAACUAUGUGAACAAUUCGCAAAUAUAAAAUACUUAUAAAUGAUAGUUCAAAAAUAUUUUGAAAAUAUUAAACGUCUAAAAAAAGUAAAUAUAAGUUUUUAUCAAAAAUUUCAAGUUUAUAAAUAUUUUUAGCUGAAUUACGACAAAAACCUAAAUUGAAAAUACCUAAUUUCCAUAUAUUUUCUCGUUAUUUCAACGUUUUUUCCUGGUAUUGCUUAAUUGUUAAGACAAAUAUAUAAAACAUGACUUUCUUCCUCAGCAUCUAUGUUCAAAAUGCAACAAAAAAGGUUUCUUGUAAUUUAUCAAAUGAAGCAAGUUUUCUGUACGAUAAGUUGUUUAGAGAUAGAAAUAAAAACACAGUAAAAUCAAUAGAUCCCUCGUUACUCCUAAUUGAAAAAAAAACACAUCAUAGCGAAAUCAAUAAGACUAAUAAUACUUUGAUCAGAAUCUUUUUCGUAAACAAUUUUUUAUCAUUGCGUACGGAUAAAUAUUUAAUUGCUCUAUUUACCCUCCUUUCUAAAGUCCUUCCUAAUAUAGUGGCACACUCUUCAGCAGUAUUAGCUUUUUUAUUUUCGUAGUCAUCCGUAAUUAUAUUAUUAUAAGAUGAAUCUAUGUCUUAGUUUGUGCAUUUCGAUUUCGUGUACGGUUUUCUUAGGGUAUAAUAUUACGUUCUAAAGUUUUUGAAUUGGAAAUCGUGUGUAUUAUACAAUAUAUAAUCGUGACUUGCAAAAUACAUGCUGUAGGUAUAGGUAUAUCGUCUUUCUGACCUCACGUUGCACAGGAGUGACGACUCAGCCACGUUUUAGUUUACCGAUAAAAUUGUCGUGUUCAACGACGGAAAAUAGAGAACCGCACUAUAAGACGAAUCGUCGGUAUUUUAUUUUUAUAUUGUUCUUUCGUUGUUCCUGCGGAAAAACGAGACAGUGCUAAACCGAUAUUUUACACAAUACCUAUAUUAUAUUAAUAUAAUUAUUAUAAUUAUUAAUAUUAGGUACCUGUGUAUGGUACUUUUGUAAAUGAUAUUAUAUGUAUAAAAACAUGUUCCACGUGGGACUAUCUAUUAUAAAAACAAAUAUUUCGUUUUCUUUUUUUAUCUGUAUACAUCUCUUAUGCAUUUUUUAUUUCGAGCAAGAUUUCUGGUUGAAACGUUUUUACGGACGCAGAAAAAAGAAAAAAAGAAAAGGAUAUAAUAUAUCCUAUUAUAUUAUAAUAGUAGAACUUGCUACGCUCAGAAUCUUGUGGCAUAGAUGCCAAAAUAAAAAUAUUUUAAAAAUUUUAAAAAUGGUCAAAUUAAAAUAUUGAAUUUAUUUAGUUUUCUACACAUAAUGAGCAAAAUAUUCUAAAUUACCAAAUUCUUUCCAAAAUGUUAAACCGGGAACUAUGUAUGCUCGCUAAGUGGCCUUUCUUAUCUUGUUUUAAUCUUGUUUUCUUAUCCUAUAUAUUUACUGGAUGUAAUUCGUUCUAUUAUCACGAACCAUUAUAUAUAUAUAUAUAUAUAUAUAUAUAUAUAUAUAUAUUAUUUUUGUCGUGAUAAUUGCUUAUUCAAUACUUAGUUGUACAUCUACCAAAAAUAUGUUUAGAGAACAUAAUUUUUAUUUUUUAUUUGAUAGAAUGGGAAAUAAGCCCUACGAAUUUGGGUGCCUUAUGCUCAUCCACAGCAUGCAAUAUAUUUUGUUAUGAUAUAGAAUCGUUUAUUACGUUAUUAUCGAAAUGUUACAUUUACACUAUAUUAUUAUAAAUCAACUAUUGACUUAUUCGUGUAUCGCAGUAGCCCAUAUUUUUACAAACUCGUUUACAGAAAAUGAAUUAUUUAUUAUUUAAUAAUCGCAUUCGCUUCGAUUAAAAUGUAGUAUUUGUUUAAUUUUUAUAUUUUUAGUAGAUGUACAUUUUUCGAAGUAUUUUUUUUUUAAUAAUAAUUUUGUCUAAAAUAUAGUUUUCGUUCAAUUCCAUAAUAGGUUCAGCUUUUCCUCUUUAUGAAACGAGGGAUAGGAAUCUCGGAGAAUUGCAGGAACAAAAUUAUUAUUGUCGGUAUAAGUAUACGUCGAGCUUUAAUAAAUCAGAUUAGGUUUGUCGAUCCUGAUCAUAGAGAAAUUCUCGGAUUGACACCCCAAUAACCUGAUCUAAUUACAGUUUAUACGUAUCGUACAUAUCUUUUAUAUUUUAAUCUUAUAUUUAAUUCUAUAUUAUAGUUUUGUUUUUGAUUUUAAGAACAUUUAUUGACUUUUCUGUCUCGUUUUAUUAUUCCACAGCGUACCUGAACCGAAAGGACUAUAACGUGUUCACAGUGGAUUGGGAACCGCUGACCUUUUUCCCAUGUUACCUGUCGUCACUGAGUAACACCAGGUUGGUGGCCCAGUGCACCGCACAGUUUUACGCGCACCUCACCCAUUCCGGGGCUUCGGCAUACGACAUCCACUGCGUGGGGCACAGUCUCGGAGCGCACAUAUGUGGUAUGAUGAGCAACCACCUGACGCAUAGACAGCACAAGAUUAUAGGUAAGUAUUUUGUUGAAUUAGUGUAGUAGUUAAAUUUCAGAAAUUUUAUUUUCAAGACACAUCUAUAAAGGAUAUCCUAUUGAAGAACUAUAAGAAAUUUAAAUAUAUGUUUGUUUGUGUAUGUUUUGUUUUGAAUAAAACCCGGAUUAUUUGUAAAUAAUUAGCCACAACGUCUGCAGAACGAUAUAUACCUAUUAUCACAUAUUUUGGCAUAUAAUAUGUUUAGACGAAAUCUAUGAUUGUAUUAGAAAAUGGAAAACACUUUUUGUAGGUUUAGUGUUUUCGAACACAUUAACACAAACGAGUUUUAGAUUAAAAAAUAAACAGUAUAUAGUCACGGAAUAAAAGAGGUCAGUUUUUUUGUUUUACAUGUAUUAAUUCGAUACGAAUCAGAGUAUAAUACAAUGGAAUAUUUAUCAAUCAAGUUUAAAAACGAUUUUUGAUGUUGAAAACUGAAUAUAUAUUUAUAUAGGCGUAUAAUAUAGUUGUAACCCGAUGUUAACAAUAAUGUACUAUUUUCACUAUUGUUUCGGAUAUAAGAUAAUGAACAAAAUAAUUUAUUGAUCGGGGAUGUCGAAAAUGACACUCUUUCAAUAAAUAUUUAGGUAUUAGGUGUAUAUUAUUGUAUCCCGCGUUGAACUCGAACAAAAAAAAAUCAUGGUUCAUUUAUAAAGGUUCGAGAGGACAAAACUAGUAACGUGUUAAAAUAUUUGAUACGCACCCAAACGAUAACAUUUAAUAAAUGAUAAAUUCAUAGACGCCCUUCAAAAAAAAACCACGCGAUCGUUUCACGAUAUGCACCGGUUAUUUUAACGUGGAAAACGAUUUCAAGCGAAACUCAUUUAAACGCUUUCUUCUUAUCUACAUAUAUUAUCUUUGUGUUAACUUUUGUUAUUACUAUGAUAUGUGCUUUUUUUAGAUGUUAUGCGGAACAAAGAAUAAAUUAGUUUUACUAUUAAAUGACAACUUUUUUUUUUUUUGCGUUAAUGUGUAACUUUUCUACUUGCUCCAAUAAAAAAACGGCAAAAAAACUUUUUUGUAGCAUUUUGGAUUUAAGUGGUGCAUCGAGGUUAUUUUUUGAUUUUCUGAAUAGUUUUGAUAAUAAUUUGAAAAACCGAAAAACCUAUGAAAACAGAUAAAUUUAAGGCAAUAAAAGUUAAACCAGAAAUUUUAUAUUAACCUUUCCUAAACAGUAAAUAUGUGUUUUCAAAACAGUCUGUCGAUUUUUCAAUUAUUUGUAGAUGUUUAACAUUUUUGAGUUUUUUAAAAAUUGUAUUUUGUUUUAUAUGGGUACAACUCUUUUAGUCAAUCAGAAAGGCUUGUAUAUAAUAAGCUGAUGUAUUUAGUGAUACAAAACACAAAGUUUAGCGUAAUGUAGUUAUUUAAUGUUUUUUUUUUUAUUUAAGUUCAAUUUUGAAUAGAAAGAGUAAAAUCACGGCGUUUCAAAUCAUUUUUACCAAACUAUGGCUUAAAAUCGUGUUUUAUCAGAAAUGAAUUAUCGGUAGGUGUAAAUACAAAUCAAAUAACUUUACGUGUUUUACUUUGUUUAACAUAUAUAAUAUGAUUUAGGGCUGAAUACAAAUGUUUUUUUUCUGAUUGACUGUGAUUGAUUUCACGUUACCGAAAACAAAACGAGAUUUCGCUUAGACAUCGCAUCUUAUCUCUUAUCAUUAUACUUAUAUCUAUACCACGUAUAAUAGCACUGCCUUCUUCACUCCUUCAUCUCCCACCUCCUAACCAAUCAGCGCCCACACAACUUUAGCUCUCACUUCAUUUAUCUCCAUUUCAUCACCUCCUGAGAGGGUACCGAGAGUUUAGAAGGUAAGGGGUUGAAGGGAUUAAAAAAAAGUUAACUGGUAGCAGUGGGAAUUAAUGGGAUAAUGAUGACGCUAGUGCUAUUGCACGUGCUAUUAAUAUUGACAUCGAUAAGUGAUAAGGUGCACGCAUUCGCCCCGUGGGAACAAUACUGCGCUUCGAGCAUUCAAAGGCCUAGACUCUAGGUCCUAGAGCAUACGCACGAUAAAUGAAAAAAUAGCUGUGCGUGCAGAGCCCGAUCGUCGAUGAGAAAAAAUCGACGGGGCCGAUCGUCGUACUGAAUCAAGUCAUUCAGCGAACCGCGGUCAACACUUCAACAUCAAAAAGUAUUUUUAUUUUUGCCAAAAACGGUUUCGUAAAAUAUUAUAGUAGCUGACGUUUCAUGAUAGCUGAUUUAUCAAUUUAAGCACUGGUAUUUCUGAAAGUUUAUUAUUAUAUCAUUGUUUUAUCGUGCGAUAUGAUGGAUAUUUACUGAAGUCCUCUUUUUCGCCGCGUUCCUGUUUGACUCGUAUAUCAGAACGAAGACUUUCAUUUUCAUUGCAUUUUUUUACAAAUGAGAAUAUUCUCCAGAGUUACAUAUAUAAUACUCACACAGACACAACUGGCAUUAAUACAGCAUAUUAUUAUUGUAUUGUACAUACUAUAUAGCUGCCGUCCGGACAGUUCGCGCGGAACUCGGCGAACAAUGAAAAUUCCGAUGCAAUUUCGUCGAAAAAUAUUUCCGUCGUACAUACCUACUUGUUGAACACGUUAUAUUAUUAUCAUCAUAUUAUAGUAUACGCGUGUUUAAAGUAAAAGUUUGCAUAUAUAUAUACAUUAUUCGGUUAUCAAAUUUUAAAAAAGUGCAGCUCCACGUUAAUUAGGUAUUAUAUUAUUUGGGAUGUGACCGUAAUACGAUAAAAGAAGAAAAAAAACUGUAAAACUGGACGCAUAUAUUUUGGUAUAUUAUAAUAAGUAUAACCUACAGGUUUUAACCUUACAGAAUUUCGACUAAUCACAUCAUCAUCAAAAUCAUACAGGUUUUUAUAUCAGGAGUAUAAUACCUGCACUUGCUAUACCUGAUAUUAAGUAUUAAAAAAUCAAAUUUAGAAAGUUCAAAGGGAAGAAAAAUCCUUCAGAAAUUUAGUAAAUAUUAUAUACUUUACGUGCGUAUAGUUUAAAUAGGUUGCAUUCGUUGAGUGAAAUCGUUAUUUUCAUAAAUUACGAACGCUUUUUAAUUUAAUAUUAAAUUUAAAUUAUUGUGUAACAGUAUAUGUAUUGAUAUUAACAUAAAUAGAGUAAAUAGAUAAUAAUUUGAAUAAAUAAAAAAUAUCAAUAUAUUUGUUUGUAAUAAUUUCCAAUUUUAGUGCCGAUUAAAGGGACUGCAGCCCCUAACAAUUUUUAAAAAUUUGAAACUUAUUUCAUUAUUUAUAGUUGGUAAUAAAAACCAUGAAAUUCACGAUAUAAUUAUUAUAAUAAUCGUUUGUUUGGAACGGUUGGCCAUACAAUAUUUUUUUUUAAUACAAAUCAGUGACACAAUAUGUUGUCAUUGAACUUUUAUCAAUUAAUUAUACGACAACACUAGUUAUUGUAUGGAUUAUGAGUUAUGACCCUAUUUUCAUAUUACACUAUAUCACUUAUCGAAAGUAAUAAAGAUAAUAUCUCAUAAUUUGGAGUUUGAUAAAUAUGCAGUCUAUCAGAAUUAAAAAUCCCGAAGAUUGUAAACAAAUCUAUUCGAGUCCUAAACAGCGUAAAAUCCAGUUGAAUUCAAGAAGAGGACGAACAUUUCUUUAUAGAUUUGAUAAUAUAUUAUCCUCGUUAGAGCGAAAAUUUUCUAAUGAAACUUACCGGAUUUUUAUUUUUUCUUUACCACACAUCUUUGGUUUAUACAUAUUGAAUAAGAACAUUAUAAACACUUCAAACUUAUGAAUUAUAAUUUAGUUCAUACAUGCGUGAAAUGUUAUUUUUGUUUCCGAAAAUUCCCGAAAUCAUGCCAAAAAAAAAAAAAAAAAACACAAAUUCCAUACAUCUGUUACGUGGAAUCGAAAAAAAUACGACCACCUUCAUAUCCGGUGUUAAAAAAUGAAAAAUAAUGUAUGGAUCUACACUUUUCUUGGAAUGCCAAGUGGAUCACGAGAAAAUUUUUUUUUAAAUUUUACUAUUAUUUUUAAUCAUUUUUAGGUAUCAUACUUUAGUAUAGGUAUUUAAGCAUUUUAUUUAUGUAUCUAAUACCACCUUUAUCAUUUGAAAUGACAGUUCCGGCAGAAAUGACAGAUACCAUCCCAUAAAGCACAUAUACUUAAUAUAUACCCAUAUCUACUCAUUACAACCAAUAACCCCUGGAGUUUAUUGAACGUUGAUAAAUAAUGUUUAUUAAAAUUGAUCAUUAUGUCGUUAUUUUUCGUUGUGUACAGUUAAUGCUAUGAGUCAUUAUCUCAACAAGUUUCCUCUUAUUAAGACUAAUAAUAUUUCUCUAUUUAUAAUAGGGCAAGUUUUUCUGAUCUAAAUUUACUAUGUAUUAUAGUAUAAUUAAACAUAAAUUAUAGUAGAUAGAACUAAUCUGUAUCGUAACAAAUAAUAACUAAAACAAUAUUAGUAAAUACAACUUAAUUAUAGUACUGGUAAUUACAAAUUUGCAACUAUACAUUUGUAUUGACGUCCACUCGUUAAUCAGUGGUUAGUGGUUAUUAUAAUAUAGUUACAGUAACUUUAAUAUUUGUAUAUAACUAUAACUUUAUAGUUAAUAAUUUUCUCCGUGGUGCGUCCACUUGAACAGGAAAAGAAUGAUUUCACUGAACGGACGCGAAUUCUAUACCUCUUUACAUACCUACGCGUAUUUUUAUACCUAUAUGUAUAAAAAAAAAAAAACAAUAUAGAGAGUCCAGAUAAAACUCGUUUGUUUUUUUAUUGUGAAUAAUGGGUCACGCAAGAAGAAGACACAUCUUCAAUUUAUAACUGAGAUAAUAGAUAAAUUAUCCUCAACGAUUUUUUUUUUUUGUUUUUCGCAGACAAUCAAUGACGACCGUAUGAAUUCAAUGACUGACUGGUCAAAUUAUUAUAUUAAAACUUUCCCGUACGUAUAAAUCCGUUUUGUAUUUGACCCGUUACUUACACCCACUCAUCUCGUGAAUACGGUUCGGAAAUAUUUUUGGACGCCACGCAACGAAUUACUCUCAUGUAUCUACAUUAUAAUAUAACAAUUUUUUUUUUUAGAAACUCGUACAAAUAUGCGUAAUAUUGUAAUAUUGUAUUAUACCUAGGGCAAAUAUGCGUCCCGACAUUAAAAAUCAACCGCUCGGUGUAUAUUAUUACUUCUCGUGAUUCAUUCGAAUACGCGGUCAACAUCGUCUCGUUUCUAUAGCUAUAAAAAAAAAACCGGACUCGAGAAUAUAUUAUUUUAGAUUUUGAGCACAGCGAGGAAUAUAUUAGUUUUACUGUGAUUUUUCGUUUGCUUUUUGUUUAGUUAAUGUUUAGUUGAUUAAAUUUGGAGGUCAUAUUUUGAUUUUUCAUAUGGUUUUCUUACUCACUGGGAUAAACGGGAAAAUAAACGCAAUAAUUAUUAAAUACCGAUUUCUUUUAUUUAUUCGAUUCUGUUUUUAUUGUUGUAAUUUUCACCGAAUAGAUAUUUAUAUAAGCUACUAGCUGUCGUCCCGCGUCCGGCGUUGUCCAUGCCAAUUUUUUUUAUUAUUAUUUUACCCAUAUUAAUUUUUGGUUUUGGCUGUGUCAGAAUUAAAUGAAAACAAAUAGGUGGAAAGUGGGUAGUCCACCCUCGGCGGACUACGAGUAAAUGUGUUCUAUUGUGAAAUUUUAAUAGUGCAAAUAAUAGUAAUAAUUAUAAUUAUUAUAAUAGUUUUCUUUUCCGUAACACCAAGGUAACCCUUGAAUAAAUAAAUAUAAGUAAAUAAGUAAUUAUAGAUAUUCGUAUCAAAUAUACCAAAAAACCCCCAUUUCACCCCCUUAGGUAUUGAACAAUUUUUUUUAUUGGAUGGUUGAUGUAUUAGAGGGACCAUUAUUCCAAAUUUCGUGCAUACGUUGAGUAGUUUUUGAAAUACAGCGAUCAGUGAGUCAGUGGUAUUUGGAUUUUAUAUAUAUAGAUUUCUAGAUAUAAUUAAAUUUUCAAAAUAUUCUAUCGAUUUUAAAGUCGUUUAUAAACAUUUUAAAUUUUCGAUUUUUUUGUUUUUUGGCUUUUAUUUGAUUUUAUGUUAAUAAAAUUGUUUUGGCUUGGUAAAAACGUUUGAACAUUUCACGAAGUUCAUCGUAAGUUGUAUUUAAUGGUAAAAAAAAACAAGUUUUGCAAGUAAUAGUGACGAAAAAUAACAUUAAUGUAAAAUUGUAAAACAGCUUGUUUCUUAAAUUUUCUAUAAAAAAAUCCGAAAAAAGUUAAUACUUUAAACUUUCCGAGAUAAUGAAUGUAUUUACUUAAAUCAAACAUCCUGUAUAGUAGUAUCAGUUCUUAGCUCUUUUAUAUUGGGCAUCUAAUAUACAGCCAUUACUUUACUAAAAUUUUACUAAAAGUAAUAAUCAAAAUAAAGUACCUAUUUUCAGAGUUCUAUACAUUUAUAUAGUUUCUGGUUCAUGUCACACGCACGAUAUUUAAGGGGUCGCGUAUAGGCAAUUUUAAUGUUCAUCAACGCGAUAUUGUAACAUUAAUAUGUCCAAAAAUUGUCGACAUCUUCUUAAAAACGAAACGCAAUGUAUUCCCCAGAUAAUAGAGACGAUUUUCGAAUGCUUGUCGCGGGUUCAUAUGUAAUAGAAUCGCUAUUGUUUUCGCGAACACUUCAGAAGCUCAGACGUGUAUAAAAUAAUAUAUUCGACUGCGUAAUAGACUCUCGACUUUCGCCGCUCAUCGAUCACGAAAACUCGCGAAUUAUUCUACUUUACAGACCUCAUCGGCUUACAUGUUAUUAAAUCUGCGCAUAUUUAUAGAGUCAACUUGUGGGGUGUUCGAACGACUGUAUUUCUCUUGAUAAAAAAAUCCCCGUUCGAUUUCUUUUAUUUAAAUAUUUUCCGCUUUUGUUCUACUGCAGAUUAAUAAUGCUUAAUAAAUUUAAAAAUUUAAACACCAUUAUUUACUGCAUAGGCAACGAAAUUAUUUCGACAUAUAUCACGCCCAUCCUAGCCACCCACUUUUCCGGUUUAAAAACCAAGGAGUAUGCUUAGAGGUAUUUUCUAUUGACUGAACAAAAUCUCAAGGUGGGGAAGAAAAAAAUAACUAUUAAUUAUAUAAUAAAAUUAUAACUAUUUUAUUUUAAAUUAAAUUUUCACAUUAAUCAACAGUUAUGUUUGAACAAACCGGAUACUAUAAUUUUUCGUAGUGUAGACAAACGAUCGCCAGAAGUUUGAGAAAGAGUCUUUUCUCGCUCCCCUUCCCGUAGCUACUAGUACAAGACAAAGCGAUUAAACGUAAAUGUUAAUACACUGUAGCUGCAGCUGUGCAGUUUUGACCCGGUUUAAAAGAGUUCACACGGACUACUUUUUACGUACUAUUUUAUAGAUAUAAUAUUAUAAUAUAUAUCAUUUUAUAGAUAUAAUAUCGUUUAGUUAUGAGGAUUAGAAUAAUUCGAAUGACUUUUUACACAUCUCGUAGAACUUGACUAUCCCUAAAAAACAGUUUAAUUUUUAGAUAGAGUACAAUUUUUUAUUGCAAUUUAUAGUGAAAUUUACUCGAUAAAAACGACUGUACAAAAUUAUUGUAUAUUAUGCGUCACGCUUACACAUUAACUUUUAAUAAAACUUAUAGGUACCUAUCUAACUAAUAUAUAAUUUAAAUUAUAGGAGAUCACAUAGUUCAUAUUGGUUCUCAACAUUUAAUAAUUCAGUAUUUCAAGCCCCCUUUCCAUACCAACGUCUGUAGUAUAAGAGUAUGUCAUACAAAGAAUGCCCUAUAUAUAUUUCGAAAAAUAGUAUAUAAAAUGAAAUUAUAAAAAGUUACAAUUCGCUUUCUCAUUCCCUAAACAUGACACUUGAGAGAUCUAGCCUAUUUAUCUUCAAAAAUUUACAUUUGUAAUUUUUAACACUAAUAAGUUUUACCUACCAUCGUCAAUUUCAAAAAUAUAAAAUGUCAUGUUAAAAUAAGCCAACUUUCUUCUCACCUCCUCCAUCAUAUGGGUAUGACCGACUUGCAGAAACUGCCUAAAUAUUUUAUUCUGCAGCUACGCUUCUCUACUUGUGUAUGUUAUAAUUACAGUAAUGUAGGGUUUAGAACUUGUUACAUAUAUUUGUUUAAAAUAGCUAAAGAACACUUAAAUAAAUGUACAUUUUUUAUAUACAAUUAUUACAAACAAUUUUCAAAAUGUAUAUUGCGUAGUUUUUGUUGAAUUUUUCCUAAAAUAGAGACUAUUGAACUGCAUUAUGUUUGUUUUAUAUAUAAAGUAGUUAGAUGACAAUUAUAUAUGACGGGUUUUAAUGUUUAUUGAAAUGUUUAAAAUAGUACUAAAUGUAAAUGCUGAAAAUGCUGACAAUUUAUUUUUACUUAUGUAUUUUAAUGAAACCAAACUUUUUGACAAAGUUUUAUUUUGUUGUUAACAUUAAAAUACUCUCGUCUUAUAGACUAUAUCUAAUAAAACCGACUUUACUACACCGGCUAUACACUUUUAAUACUACUCGCACGUAGAUAAUAUUAUAGGUGUUUUCGUGGUAUAGUUUCUAUAUUAUUAUAAUGAUUUUUUUUUUCUGACUAAACCGUUUUAAACAUUUCAACGACUGUUGUAUGCAUGACCCGUAUAUAUUUAUAUUCCAUAUCGUUUCCGUUUCCAGGUCUGGACCCGGCCAGGCCGCUGGUGGAUAGGUACGGGUCGGCGGAGUUCCGGUUGACCAGAGACGACGCAACCAUGGUGCAGGUGAUCCACACGAACGCCGGUUUCCUCGGCGAGGCGCCGCAGGUGGGACACGUGGACUUUUGCGUCAACGGCGGCCGGUUGCAGCCGAGCUGCGCCAACGAGCCCAGAAAUAUCCGUAAUAAAUAUUGCUCGUCGCCCGUCUUGCGAAACGAUCGAUUAGCCCAACUGAGAUGUAGGGGUCACCAUUUAUACCAUCACGAUAAUAAUUACACUACGCGUAUAACGAGAUACGGCGGCGGCAGCGGCAAUGGCGGCGGUGCGUGUCGAACAAUCUCUAUUUUAUAUACAUAAUAAAAUCGACUGUGAAAACUGGUGGUUUCGGCGUUGCGAUAGAAAGAUAAUAGUAAUAAUAUCGUACGGGUGCAAAUAUAGCGGUGGUUGGGAGCUAAGCUCCUAUUAUAGAUAAUCAACCCGCACGACAAAUUUGUCGACGCUCAUAAAGUCGUAUACGUUAUAAACAUUGCACUUUGCAUGUGUAAAAGUGUUAAAAACGCUAAUUGCGACUAUAUAUAAUAUAUAUUAUAUAUGUGGAUAUAAUAAUUAUACAUGCGCGUGCGAAAAUCUCUCAAUUCCUCUCGGAAUCGUAUACAACAGACGUGUUGUUCGGUUCGAAAAUCUAAAAAUUACGUUAUCAAUAUUGAUAAAGGAAUAUUUCUGUCGGUUUUCUUCGAAUUAUAUUUCCAUUUAGAGCUGAGUGAUUCUCGGUACAAUGCAGUUACACCCAUACCGAACCGCUUUAAUAUAUCUACGAGUAGAUAUCCCCUUCCAAAGAUUUCACCCGAACGUUCUAGAAGUGGUUAAUUUUUGAAAAAUACCAUAUUAUUUGUAUCAUUAUUCAUCACCGAUUUUUAAUCCGAUAAUUCGGCCAGCAAUUAUAUCAAUUUUUUUCUUAAUUAUUUAAAUCAUCGGUAGCGUAUAAAAUAUUGUAAAAUAUUUUGUCGAAACCGUAUUUUUUUCGGAAAAAUAUUUUGUCGGGAACAUAUUUUGUUGGAACCGUAUUUUGUAGGAAUUGUAUUUAUCGGAAAAAUAAUUAGUCGGAAACGUAUUUUGUCGAAAAGUUUUUUUUUGGAAAAAUAAUUCUUCGGAAAAUAUGUUGUCGGAACCGUAUUUUUUCGAAAAAUCAUUUUUACUCAACGACGAUAACAUGCAGUCACGCAGUGCUUAUAAUGAAUUUAUAUUGAACAGUUCCGACAAAAUAUUUUCCAGUUAUUAAUGUUUUCGACAAAAUACUGUUCCGACGAAUUAUUUUUCCGAAAAAAACUUUCCGACGUAACAUUUUUCCAACAAAAUACUUUCCAACGAAUUAUUUUUCCCACAAAAUACGUUUCCAUAAAACCCAUUUCCGACAAAAUACUUUCCAACAAAUUAAAUUAUAGUCCUCCAAAUCGUCUUCUUCUUAUUGUGUAAUAAAUAAUAAUAUAAUAUUAUGCAAAAAUAUAUUGUUCGUGAUUUAGUAGGAUGCCAAACGAUUUGUGUACAUAAAUAAGUUUUCUCGUACAUAUACCUAAAUUAAUUUUGUCUUGAAACUUGGAUACGUAUUUACAAAUACUGUCCGACUCAACCCGACUAGCCCGACCUAACCUAACCUAACCGAGUUGGUUUUAGGCAUUUUAAGAGAUUUCAGUAGUUUUCAAAACAUGACCCAAAUCCAACACAAGAAACAUACUAAAAACAUACUACCUGGUUGACGAAAAAACACGAUAUGUUACGUAUUUACACAUAUUAUCGUUUGGAACAAACUUGGAUAGGGUCUGUAAAUACACGUCCCUGAUCCGGAGAGAAAAUAUUAAAAACCCAGGCCAGGCCAGGCCGCCGCCGAAUAAAUAUUUACGCAUAUAUAAUUAUAAUAUUAUUAAUUAUUAUAGUAGCUGGUUUUACGCAAGAUUGCAGAGCGCAUUACAUACAUUACACGGUGUAGAAUUUUGGUAUACUAUUAUAUUAUGUUAUUAUAUUGCUUUUUUGGUUAACGUAUGUUAUAUUGUAUUUUGGCAGAUGGUACGAUUAUAAUGUUAUGCGAAUUACGUAUAAGUAUUAACUUUUUUUUUUUCACACGAAACUCAUUGUUUUGUGAACGUGAAACAGUGACCGCGCCAAUUCCCACAUCGACUCGAUAAUAAUAAACGAGAGACUCCUUUCUCCGACCAUGGAAAUUUUUCCAAAAAAUAUUAUCCUGUUUUCUAAUACCCGACAUUUUAAUAUUCUGCAUAUUUUCUGCAUAUUUGGAUUUCCAUUAUAGUAACUUGUAUAUAGGGAAAUACUAUGUCUUUAAAUGUGCUGUAUUCGACGUAUUCCCAUCGUAUUCAUUUUAUUUCCUUACCUUUAAUUUUAGUAAAAUUUGGUCAAUUUGGUUAUUAAAAUAUUAACAACACUUUUUCCACUUAUUGUACAUUUUCUAUGUCGUGUGUUUGUAAGCAAAGACAGUAUAAUGUUAUUUGGAAAAACAAAAAUAAGCGUAGGUAUACAUAACUAUAAAGACAUUAUCUUUCACGUAUGUUUGCGAGAUUUAGACGAACAAACAGAUAGAAAGAAACUUGAGAACAUUCGAGAAUAAAAUAUGGAGGAAAAUAUGUCAUCAUCGGUGAAACAAUGGGAAACUGGCUAAAGAGAUACAAUAGGCAAUUGUACGAUUUGAUGGAAUUAACACUAAUAAAUAGCUAAGUUAAGGGCCAAAGGAUCCAAUGGAUCAAGACAGUUCAAAUAGUUAUGGCACAGAAACCUUAGGGAAGAAGACCUAGGAAAAGAUGUAUUGACGUGGUAGAAGAGGAUUUGGAACGCUUGGGAGUUUAAAACUGAAGAGAGACAUUUCUAAAUAGACAAGUGACGAAGUGUAGCAGCAAAAGUUAUUAGAGUGUAAACACGUCAUUGGAAUAGAAAGAGAGAGUGAGAGAGAUAUAUAGUAAAUGUGAUACUCAUACCGGGCACCAUGAAUUUUCGAAAAAUAUCGUACUUCGAAAACUAAACUAAACUACUUGUCCCUCGUACCUCAAAACACUGCAUCAAACAUUUAGCCUAUACACAAAGUCUUCAACAUUUUACGUUACAAUAAUAUUUCUUUGAAAUAUUUAUAUUUUCAAAAAAUGACUUCUGUCAACACUUUUUAAAAUCAUAUAUUCUGAAAUAAUAAAUUUACCUAAAUUUUUUUCAGUCUUAUUUACGGGGGGAGGGGGGAAGCACCAUCCAAUUUUAAUUUUCAAACACUAAACUAGAUUUAAAUUCCAUGAUCAGAUGAUGUUUUAGCUAAAAUAUACCAAUGUAUAUUUUUUUUACUCUUUUUUGGAGGAGGUUUUAAGGGUCAAAUUUUGAAAUUCUAAUGAGAACUUAUAUUAAAAAUUCCAUAAAUAGAUGGAGUGUUAAUUUAAAUAAAUUUUGGUGUUUACAUUUUUAAUAUCUCGUCAACUCGUUUCACCUGAAAUUUGGGUAGUAGUGGAGUGCGAUUUAAAUGUCACGUGCCUUGCCGUCAAAUGAUGCUACAUUAUUUUCAUCCAAACUGUAACAUUUUGGGAUGUAAUAUGAUUCCAAAAAGUUCACACACAUAAAUCAUUUUUUGAAAAAAUUAAAAUUUGAUUGUAACAUAAAAUAUGAAAGACUAUAUUAUAUUGUACGUAUAUAGAUAAGCGUACCGCGUUAAACGUUCCGCCGAACUGACGAUGGUGUUUGGUGAUGAAAAAAAAACUCAGUAAUAUUAUAAUACAUUUUUUUUUUUUUGUAGACCGGAACACCCAGAUACGGGCUUCUAAUUGGGGCUAUAUAUAUAUACUUAUUGUCACGUGUCGUUUAAAGACGACGAGAUACUCAUAGUAUAGUAUUAUAGGUAUAACUAAAAUUAUUACCGGUGUGUGCGGCGACAAGUGUCCGAAAAAAACCUUCAAAUAGAAAUGUCGUUUUCUUUCGAAACGUUUUACUAUACCACCGACAAUGUAAUAAUAAUAAUAAUGAAAAAUAAUAAUAUUAUAACGCGUACCUACACGAAUCGUACUACCUAUAUAAUAAAAUAAUAAUUAUACGAACAUCGUGUCCGACCGCGAAAUGUUAUACCAUAUUAUACAUAUAGACUAUAUAGAAAAUGAAUAAUACAAUCGUUGGAACGAAAUAAAAACGAUAUAUUUUUUUUUUUUUACUUUGUCGAUAUAUUAUUCAAAACGCCUUUGGUGUUUAUAAUAGACAUAUUUUUCCGAAGAAGAAACGCUCGUAUACGUAUACUCGUAAUUAUAUUGUUGUUAUUACAAUACUUUUCGAUUUUCGUUACUUUUAUUUUUAUCAAUUUCCGUAUUUUGUAAAACUUCAGAGUCCGGACCUUGGACAGUUAAUUUGAAAUAUAGACUCGUCCAUGAAUUAGUUGAUUUUUGCCUAAUGAACUUGCAAACUUAAAUUUUAUUUUAUAUUGAUUUCCACUCUAACUUUACCUAUACGUAUGAAGUAAACUAUACAAAUAAUCUCAAGGGAUAUCACUAUACAAUAUAAUUUUAUAUCUUUGUAUUUCUGACUAGUAAUAUAGCAGAAUAAUGUAUCUUACUGUUUAGAACUUAAAUUAUGGUGAUAAAGUUGAUAAUAAUAUUGCUGAAAUUAUUUUCAUUAUUAAUUCUCAAUGUAAAAUUAGGAAUCUGAACGAAAAGGAACAGUCCAUUUAAAAUUUAAAAAUGUUCAAUUGAAAUUAAAUUCAGGGUUCACUUAAAAAGUUUAAAUUCAUUGAAAAUAUGAACUUAAUUUAAAAGAAAACUGUUUAAAUAACAUAGCAUAACUUAAUUUAUGUAUUGUUUAUACAUUUUGAACGUUAAACGGAUGAAAACGAAUUCAUUUGAGCCUCGUCCAUUCCGAAAUCUGCACUAGGCAAUACAAUCAUUUCGUUUGGCCCCAUAAGAGGGCGCUACCCAUGUAUAUGUCGUCUCUUUUUUCAGGAGGCGCAAUUUCGCUUAAACGAUAUUAUUGGUAUACGAAACACGCUUUUACAAAUGUAGUUUUGGCAAGUUAUUAUAAUAUAGUCUAUAAUAUUAUUAUUAUCAUAUUGUACAUUUUUGUAAUAAUAUGUAUUGCAUUUAGAAUUACAGAACGAGCAUAUAGCUAUAGUAAUAGUAUAUAAUAUUGGAUGAGCACACACAAUACCAUCACAGCGAUGUUCCAUAUUCAAGCCACGCGUGAUGUUAUUUCAUAUUUCGUUUUUUUCACAAAACAUUUUUUGUUAAUUAAUUUAAUAAAUGAUAAGCCUGCGUUGUGUACAAUAUUAUUGUAGACGUCCGUACGUGUCUCCAGCGGAUUUUCGAACGUAUCCGACUCGGAUAUUUACAGACCGAUAAAAUCCCGUGUUACUGAAAACCCGAUUUGGAACAUUUUCGCGGGAUCUCACGAGCAGAAGCUAUUGCAGUUGUCCGAUGACCGUCGCAUAAUGGGACAGAUAUUUUAAAAAGGCAAAAAAUUACGAAAAGUCAAAUAUCGUACUAAAAUGAAGUACAAUAUUAUAUUAAUGUAUGGAAAAAAUAUUACAUGCAUCGCUGAAAUAUCUACAAAUAAUUAACCCACCUACUCAAAUACUAGAGAUAUCAGCACAGUGCGCACUAUAAAUAAUUUCGUAUCUUAAAAAUAUUGUGUAUAGUAUUUGAUUAAUUUCUACAGUUUCCUUCAAUUUUCAUUAGUAUAGUAUUUCAGCGUACUAUAAAACUGUUUUAAGUUACGCAAAAUUUUUUUUUGCAUCCUUGUAUAAUAAAAAUUUAACAGACAUCAUUUACUUUAAUCCUGAUUUAUUUUGUUCUGAUCAACUUUCAAGAACCUUAGGUAAUAUUUUGAUGCCUGUACUAAUAUUUAUUUUGUGUAGUAAUUUAAAUAAAUUUGAAAAUAAAUUGCACACAUGAUUGAAAAUUUUUAAAUACACUUAUCCAUUAUUAUAAAACACAGUUUUAUAAUUUGUUCACAAUGUGAAUUUUACACUUUUUUAAAAAUCUGUCCCACUAUGCAUCUCCUACGUUAGUAUAAAGCGGGACGUGUAUAUUAUAUUUAAAAAAGUUGUUUAGUAAUUCCCCCCCCCCCGUUUAAAUUCUUGACAAAUACCUACACGAGCCUACCGUAUUUAAUGAAAAUUUCAAUAAAUACAUAAUAUAAAAUUUAAAAAAAACCGUUCGACGAAUAAUAUUGUCCAAAGAAAAAUUAUUAUACUUUCCAGAGGGUCUGCAGAAGCGGUGCCGCGGUAGGUAAGUAUACAUAAGCAAUUAUUUUAGAAAAAUAUACGCGGCCUUUGAAGCGUAAUAGUAGAAUAUUAUUUACCGCGUGUAAAAUGUAUACGAGGUGCAGGUAUUACAUUAUUAUAAAGGUUAAAUGGUGGCUUUUACUGUAUGUUUUAGUGGAGCUUGAAUCGUUUUCGCUUAUACAGUAGCGCAAUAUUAUAUUAAUAGUACAUUAGUAUUGUAUUGAUAUGUACAUUUUAUUACCUAUUUAAAAUCUGACCGUACGUAUUUUUGUCGUUUCUUUUGAAACAUAGGCCGCGCCCGGUGCAGUCACUUCUUGAGCGCUUGUUUCUUCGCGGCUUCCGUUUCUGAGCGAGGCAAACGGCAUCGGGGGGUACCCUGCUCGUCGACUUGUCAACCCCUGUCUCCGGCGUACACCAAAGACGUUCGCGUCUCCAUGGGAUUUCACACUCCCGACAAGUAUGUAUAUACUAUCUCUCUCUGUCUUUCUAUUAUUAUCAAUCUUCAAAUUGAUUUGCAGCUUCACUCUGUCCGUUUUAUUUUUCUACAAAUAAUAGUAAAUACGAAUUACAUCUUUCAUGAUCGAUUUUAUAUAUUUUAUCCAUCUUAGGAUUUCUUACGCGGCUAUUUCCUAUAAUCAAUUUCAACAGCCCCUGUGCCUUCAGUGGCACGUAGAACAUGUUUUUACCAUCACUUCACAAAUCAAUAUAAAUUUUGAUUGUUUAUUACUUCAAACUCACUGUUCUAUGGUUACCUGGUUCUUCGUGGUUACUCCUCAAACCAUCCACGAAAUACUCGCCAAUUUUGGCUGACGCACAGGUCUUAAAAGACAGUCUUUGCCAUGUCACUCCUCUUAACCAAUCCGCUAAUUUCGUUUUCUUAUCAAACUUUUCCAUCGUGUUCUCUUUUCCGAUACUGUACCAAUCACUUCGUCUGUAUUUUAUCCGACCAACUUCAUACAUUUAACUCACCGAUUUCACUUAAUUUCUUUUAUCAUAGCCCAUCAUAUUAUAGCUUUAUCCAUCGCCAUUACUUCAUCUACUCUACACGCUUCAAAAAAAAUGUCGAGCCACUUAUCCUGUGGUCUAUAGCUCUUCUCCAAUUUUCUUGAAUAUCACAUCAUAUCUCCUCUCAAUGAUUUUACCCGGUCACACCACAUCCCUCCUCUUCAUUAAAAUUCUAAUUUCUGCUAGGAACUUUUUGUAAUUUAUUUUAAUAUAUUUUUUUAUUCAACCAUUCCUAACGAAACACAAAUUAAUUUCUUUUCCCUACGUAGUAGGUUUACUUUUAUUAUUAAAUAUAGGUAUAGUAUUUGUUUGUAGGUGCACCUAAAACCUAAAUCUAAUCGCUUUUGUUAUUAUGUUUUUUAGCGCCCGAGGGACGUUCUGUAUCAAAAUGCGAAACAGUAAAUCCUGUCCGUUCGAUUAGACUGGUCUCUGACAGAGGUACAUACUAUAAAGUACACAUACUCGUAGUAUGUAUAUUAUACAUUUAUUAUUAGUAUUUUAAUUUCACGUGUUCAAAAAGAUGUCUUGUUUGCAAAAUUGAAGAGAUUUUUUAUAGACAUUUUUAACCAAAUAGCUGAAUAUUUAUCGAUCUUAAAAUAUUUAUACGUAUACUUUCGUAAAAAACUUUUAAAAAUGGUCCCAUUUCGUUAUUAUCAUUUAAGUACAUGUUACAUCAUCGUCAAAUUUCUUCACCUAAAACUAUAUUAAAGUAUUUACCAUUAUUCAAAAUUACUUUAUAGAUUUCACUUAUUAAUGAAAAUUAAAAACAACAUUAUAUUCUAUAAGUAUUGAUAUUUUAAAUUUACUCGAACAAUACAGCGAAUACGCUGUAUAAUAGUACUGUAAUUAUUCGAGAUUGAAAAGUGGUACGUUUUAUGAUUAAAAGAAAAAAAGGAAAUUUUUUUUUAUAAAUUAGGUAUUAUUUAAAUAAAUAGAUACGAUAAUUCUUCGAUAAAUUUAGUGAUUUUUUUCAAUUUUCAUUGUACGCUGUUUUAUACCAAAUCAUUUAAAUAAAUCCAUUUCUAUAUAUCUGAACACACACGAUGAUUAUUGUUAUUAUGCACUUAUUAUGAGUAUUUCAAAAUCUACAAUCUAUUUUGAAUUUUGCAGGUUUUUGCGAUAAAAAUAAAUGUAUACAAAAUAAAAAUCAUAACGAAAAUAUUGACGGCGGAACAAAUGAAAAUCCGAACCAAAGAACCGUUUACAAAUGCCAAAUUUUGAGUUCGGCAUUGACGCCGACUGCAAUUGGUUACCAUCACGGGCAAAUCAGUGUCACCGUUUAUUAUUAUUAUUAUUAUUAUUAUUAUUAUUAUAGGCAUAAACCUCGAGUUAAGAUUAAUUUAAUUAUACAUAUCUUAAUUCGUGACAUAUAAACAUUAAAGAAAUAUUUUUAUAGAAAAUGAAGUGAAUAAAAACUUACAUUUUGUACAACC